AUGGGUACUCUAAUCAAGCGUAUUGUACAUAUGAAUUUUGACGUAUAUGUGAGAAAACAUAUCAACCAAGGGUCAUUAGGGGGUUUCACCAGUCUUUUUUCGAUAAUUAUUAUUAUUGGCUGGUGCUUAAACUACCGCUAUAUCCAAAAGUCAACAUCCAAAGCUGAAAGCCCAAGAAAUACUUAUUCUGAAUUUUUCCGUAUGUCUACCGCUAAUAACCGAAACCAUAUGCUUAUAUGCCCCGCCACAAUCACUCUCGUUCAAAAACUCUGGUCUUUGAUUGAUCCUGCUCCUCCCCCAGAGGUUCAUCUCAUCGACUAUGCUCUCAACUGUCUCCCCCAGUCUUUCAAAUCGCCUGGUACGUGGUGCGAUUGGUGGCCGUGCUUGCUUGCCUUGCUACGUGCUGUUGAUCAAACCACCUCAUCCUACAAACUGCCAGAAGAAAAAGCUCAUGGUCAAAUCCUCAUCGACCUUGCAGCAAAAUUCCGUGCCACAAAACCAACCCAUCCCCACCGCAUCCCGCCGCCCACCCAAGAACCUGUUCCUGGUGAUCCGUUCCCCCAUCUUCUCUCCGAAAUUUCCACCGUUCCUCAUCAACCCCCUCCAUCUGUGCCCGCCCGAAAUUGUGCCUAG